AUGUCCUCGGUUGGUGCUGACGAGGCUAGCCGUCUCCGGGCGCUUCAGGCGGAUGUGCGCGACCAGGAUGAUCUUGAGAGAGACAUUACCCGACAGGCAGACAAGGCCCUCGCGGAGAGAGCCGAGGAAAAUGACACUAAGCGACUAGAGAAGGCACUUAACGAAAAGGCGAGAGUCGAAUCUCAGGUGCGGAACGCGCAGCAUCGUCUACGGCAGCCAGUUGGUGCUAUUACCCGGCGCCGCAUCGAGAACGAGCUGCGAGGACUAGAAGUGCGCAAAAACGGCCUGGCCAAGGAUGUGAUAGAAAUCCAGAAUCGCAUCGACGAGAGACGCGAGAGACAGGAAAACCCUACAGCGGUCACCGGCUCGGGACGGCAGCCGAACGAGUCUCGCCGUGACUACCUCAUACGCACUGGGAAAAUCACUCCCUUCGCUGCCGUGAACACGGAUUCGAAGAAUGGACCGCUUGCCAACCUACAAGAUGCCCUCCUCGAUGUUGAAGACAGAUAUAACGAAGACGAGGAGCGUGAACAAUUGAGGGACCAACCUACCGCAUCACAUGUUCAUCUCGCGCGGCCUGGGUUCGGCUUUGACGAAGUCAGUGCGGACAAUGGUUCUGAUAGCACCGUGUCCGGUAAAGGAAAGCGACGGAAGCUCGAUUCAAGCCCAGAGGCGAAGAAACGGCCCAGGAGUCGUGUGUCCACUUCUCCCAGCGCAGAUUCUUCUGCUAGCUAUGUUGCCUCGGAAGAUGCCGAGGAAGUGUCUGAGGAGGACAACUUUAUGCCAGACACCGUCCCGGCGCCCAUGUCUAUAAGUAAGCGCAAAAAGGGCGUGUCUGGUGAAGAACUGGAGGACUUGAGCGGUGUCGAUGAUGGCAACGAAACCGUUUAUCAAUGUCGCCUGAGCAAGUGGAUCAGCAAACGUAGCGCCGCCCGCAAGCGUGUUCAGGAGGAUACUCCGGUUAAAGAUGAAUACGAGGACAACGAGGAAUGGCUCAAGCCGCACCCAACCAUUCCUGACGAGGUGAUUACGAAUGGACUUCGUAUUCCGGGCGACAUCAGUCGUUUUCUAUUUGGUUACCAACGAACUGCCGUCCAGUGGCUUUGGGAGCUCCAUCAACAGAAGGUGGGAGGAAUCAUCGGAGAUGAGAUGGGUCUCGGCAAGACAAUUCAAGCCAUUGCUUAUUUGGCGUCACUGCACCACAGCAAAAUGUUCGAUAAGCCUGCUCUAGUUGUCUGUCCAGCAACACUCAUGGAACAGUGGGUCAAUGAAUUUCAUCGUUGGUGGCCGCCUUUCCGUGUCUCAAUCCUACACUCGUCUGGCAGCGGUAUGGUCAACCUUGGCAAGGAAACCACCCGCGAGGAAGCACUUACGACCGAGUUGAUAGGCAGCUACCAUUCGCGCCAUUUAUCUGUCGGCCAAAAGGCUGCGAAAAAGAUCAUCAAUCGAGUCACUGAGGAAGGACACGUUCUUGUUACCACUUAUUCUGGCUUGCAGACUUAUGCGGAUGUUCUUGUUGAUGUUGAAUGGGGAUGUGCCAUCCUCGACGAAGGCCACAAAAUUCGGAAUCCAGACGCUGGCAUCACCUUCAGUUGCAAAGAACUUCGCACCCCUCAUCGCAUCAUCUUAUCAGGAACACCUAUGCAGAACAGCUUAGUCGAUCUGUGGUCCCUAUUCGACUUUGUCUUUCCGAUGCGCCUAGGGAAUUUGGUGAAUUUUAAGAGUCAGUUUGAAAUCCCCAUUCGCCAGGGCGGAUAUGCCUCUGCAAGCAAUCUCCAAGUUCAAACCGCUGCCAGGUGCGCGGAAACCCUAAAAGAAGCUAUCAGCCCAUAUCUACUCCAGCGGUUUAAAGCCGAUGUUGCGAAAGACCUCCCGCAGAAGAGUGAACAGGUCAUCUUCUGCAAUCUCACACAGUGGCAGCGAACCAUCUACAGUCGGUUUUUAGAAUCGGAUGACAUGAAGUCCAUUCAUCUAGGGAAGAGAAACGCCCUUUUUGGCAUUGACAUCCUUCGCAAAAUCUGCAACCAUCCGGACUUAGCUGACCACGCGCUACGAUCAAAAGAAGCAGAUUAUGGCAAUAGCGAGCGCUCAGGCAAGAUGCAGGUGCUCAAAGGUCUCUUAGAAGUAUGGCGUGACACCAGACACAAGACUUUAUUGUUUGCGCAGACCCGCCAGGUCCUAGAUAUUCUGGAAAAGUUCAUUCGGUGGUUGGGUGAUUUCAAUUACCGCAGAAUGGAUGGCACUACUCCGAUCAAGGAUCGUCAGAGCAUGGUCGAUCGGUUUAACACAGAUCCUAGUAUCCAUGUCUUCUUACUCACUACCAAAGUUGGAGGUAUCGGAAUCAACCUGACUGGCGCCGACCGGGUCAUCAUUUAUGAUCCUGACUGGAACCCUUCUACCGAUAUGCAGGCGCGCGAGCGAGCAUGGCGGCUAGGCCAGAAACGCGACGUCACAAUCUUCCGCCUCAUGACCAAAGGCACCAUUGAAGAGAAGAUUUAUCACCGACAGAUCUUCAAGCAAUUCUUGACUAACAAAAUCACGCGUGACCCGCAAUCUCGGGAAGGGUUUAACCUCAGUGACCUCUAUGACUUGUUUACUCUCUCAGACGAGCAUGAAAAGGACCUGGAGACCACAAAGCUAUUCAAAGAUGCACAGUCUCCGAAAGAAGACGAUAUCAGCACUGUCCAGGGCGUCGCCGCCAUUGAAGAAUUUAAGAACGACUCCGAAGAUCCUGAGAAAGAGGGCAGCGUAAAAAGCGCCGAGGACCGGAUCAUGCAAGGCAUCUUCGCCCGGUCGAACGUGCAUGCCGCGCUUGAGCACGAGGAGAUCGUCAACGGCAAACGUAAAGUGCGCGCAGAUCCCAAAAUGAUCGAAGCCGAAGCCCGCCGCGUCGCCAACGAAGCCGCCGAAGAGCUGCGCAAGGCCGGCGAGACCGCUCGCACUGUCCCGAUCGGUCUGCCCACAUGGACCGGCCAAUUCGGUAUCGCAGGCCGUGACCGGUCUGGUGGGAGCAGCAGCUCAGCACGUCCUGCCGGCGCGGGGCCAUCGUCUGCGAGCCUCGUUGCCAAUCUCAACCCUCGCGCUUCCGUGCGGUCUGCCGAUUCCUCCUCUCCCGCGCCAACGCGCAUGCCGCGUGGCAAGGACUUUCUGGCCAUGAUCCGGGACUACAUUGCCUCCCGCCGCGGGCCAGUGUACUCGCAGAUGCUCAUCGAUGAGUUUAGCCACUACUGCAAUACACCGCAGCGAAUCGCAGAGUUCCAGGAGAUGCUGAAAAAGGUCGCUACGCUUAGCCGUGCGGCAGAUGGACGGGGGAGGUGGACGUUGAACCCGGAGUUUGCUAAGAAGCCUCCUGUGGGGAGGAGGUAG